GAAGUUCUAGCUUCGCCCGGGCCUUCUAAACCGACGCUAUCGGCGCUGGGCUGGGUGUGUUCGUGUCGCUGUGUUGCCUGGUCCUCACUGCCUCACGGAAACCUACGCAUACGACAUUCUAAAAGAACAACAGCGGAGGCAAUGAGAAAAAAGCAAGGACUACUGUGUAAUAACAAGCAGGCAUGUGGGUAGUAAAUAGGCCUACCUGGUUUGUUUGUGUGAGCGGAGAGAGGGAGGAAAUGCAUCCCCCUCUUCAUUAUACGCGACAGGUGUUUUGGACAUCCUGAAAGCAUCUUCAUUCUCAUGUAUUGACUUAUUCGAGGAGGCAUACAAAUAUACAGGUAUUUCGCUAUACUGACACUUUCUUCCGAGCAAUAUUGCCAUAAGUUUUCUUCUAUUUAAAAAAAAAAAAAAAACAAUAUUUGUUCCUAGAAUUACACUGCAUCCGUACCCUUAUUAUGAGUCAGGUGAGUGCCUUGAUGCAGGUGUGGCACCCAGUAUAUAAGGCUGGCGAGGGGGCUUCUGCCUCACACCGAGUGGCGGCACCGAAGCGAAAAGGGAUCAGGGAGCGAGAGAAGAGAACAGUCAGUUUAUAUAAGACUUGAAGCAGAAUCAUCCAAGGAGAAUGCAAGCGUGGGGACUCGUGGCCGCCCUCCUGCUGGCGGCGAGGGCGAGCGAGGCGGGAGGCGCCGGCGAAGGGAGGUCCUCGGACCCCCACGAGCAGCAGCUGCCUCAGCCUCUCCUCGACUCCAGCAACCUCCCGGACCUGCCGCUCGGGAGCCCGGACACGAUCGAUAACGAUAUACCCGGAGAACCUCUCAGUCCAGAUGACUUUGAAACUAGUCAUGAUAUGGUGCACGAGGCUCUGGACGUGAGCACCAGCGCCGACCCCAUCGAGCUGGCCGGCCUCUUCCAGGGCGACAUCGUCCUCAACAGCCUCGAUGAACUGGUCGACCUCUCCGCACAGCAGGACAGUGUUGUGCAGGAUACCAAGAACGCCAUCAUCAACCUGAAGAGAAGAUGGCCCAAUGGCGUCAUCCCUUACGUUAUCUCAUCGUCCUACAACAAGAACGAGAGAGCGACCAUCGCCAUGGCCAUGAGCAGCUACCACCAAAAGACCUGCCUCCGCUUUGUUCCCCGGAUGAUGGAGCGAGACUACAUCCACAUCAUAAAGGGAGACGGCUGCUCCAGUUCUGUCGGCCGAGUGGGCGGCGCGCAAGCAGUGUCUCUGGGUCCCGGGUGCCUCUACGUGGGUAUCGUCAUGCACGAGCUCAUGCACGCUGUCGGGUUCUGGCACGAGCAGUCACGCGCAGACCGGGACAACUACAUCACAAUCAACAUGGCAAACAUCCAGAACGGGAUGGAAUUCAAUUUUCAGAAAUAUUCUUGGAGUACAAUUCAGAGCCUCGGGGUGGACUACGAUCUCGAAUCCGUGAUGCACUACGGCCCCUACGCCUUCGCCAAGGAUCGCUCCAAGCCCACUAUUAUCCCUCGCCAGAUGGGGGCCGAGAUAGGACAGCGACGAUCCCUCUCACCGAAAGAUGUCUUGAAGUUGCAACUUCUAUACAACUGCGCAAACACAACCGAAACUAUCACAACCGAAGUCCCUGUAACUACUGUAGCUCCAGACACCUGUGAAGAUGGAAACAAAUACUGUGAGGCUUGGGCAGCUGCAGGAGAGUGUGAGAGGAACCCGACGUGGAUGACCGUCAGUUGCAGAAAAUCAUGCAAGGAGUGUGGCAAAGAGUGCGGAGACAACAACAACUACUGCAACUACUGGGCGCGCAAUGGCCAGUGCACGAAGAACCCGUCGUACAUGGGUCGCUACUGCAGGAAGUCCUGCGAGAUCUGCCAUAAUGAAGUGACGGAAACGUGUGACGACCGCAACAGAUACUGCCUCGCCUGGGCCAAGACAGGCUACUGCCGGACUAAUGCUGACUACAUGUUACUGUUUUGCAAGAAAUCCUGCAUGCAAUGCUAACCCGAGUAGAACACAGCACCUCAGUAACAAAAUAGGAUUUAAAUUUUCGAAUGUCUCUUAUUCAAACGUCGUAUUUUUUAAUGUCUUUUCAAUGUUGAUGCUCUGCGUUUCAUGUUUUCGCUGAUGAAUAUCGUUUGUGUUAGAUUGUGUUUCUGAUCUAUUUUUGGUUCUUCCUUUAGCUGGAUGGAAUG